AAUGUUGCGUUGGUACGGCCGGGGGAAGCUGGGCGAGGGGAACAUUUAACUUUAAUGACACGUUAAUCGUGUCAUAUUGGUUUGUAGCACUUUGUCAACUAUUAAUUAUGUGAGGCUGCGCAUGUGAACGUUUUAAAGUAAUGCUUAUUUGACGUGUGUACAUGUUUGUAUAUGUACAGCAAGUUAUGCGCCACCCCGGACAUUCCGACAAUGGACUCGUCUGUCGUUAGGCCUCUGCAGUAGGGAGUUGUUUGGCGGAGCCCGCAAGUUUUCCUUUACUUUACAUGUCAUUUUUGUUUGUCAAAAAAAAGGGCAAACUCUUCGUUUUCGGCGUCGCUCUCCUCGUCGUUUGCUCGCGGUGUCGACGGACUAUAAAAACCGAAGUAUCUGGGCGUUGUUACAACAAGCACACUGCCUGAAGAGUGAAGGGGGAGGAAGGAAGGAAGGCAUCGGCGAGUCGGACCGACCGCGACCGAGCUUAUGAUGCCGACGUUGCGGGACAGCACCAUGUCCCACCCCGGCGAGAAUUCCCACCAAGUCCGGGUGAAAGCCUAUUACAAGGGGGACAUCAUGAUCACCCAUUUCGAACCAUCCAUCUCAUAUGAGGGUCUGUACGGGGAGGUGCGGGACAUGUGCUCCAUGGACAACGACCAGCUCUUCACCAUGAAGUGGAUCGACGAGGAAGGUGACCCCUGUACAGUGUCGUCUCAGCUGGAGCUGGAGGAAGCGCUGCGUCUCUACGAAAUCAACAAAGACUCUGAGCUCAUUAUACACGUGUUCCCAUGUAUACCAGAGAAACCUGGCAUGCCCUGUCCAGGAGAAGACAAGUCCAUAUAUCGGCGUGGAGCGCGGCGCUGGAGGAAGCUCUACUAUGCCAGUGGUCACGCCUUUCAAGCCAAACGCUUCAACAGGCGAGCACAUUGUGCCAUCUGCACAGACAGAAUCUGGGGUCUGGGUAGACAAGGCUACAAAUGCAUCAAUUGCAAACUGCUGGUGCACAAGAAGUGCCAUAAACUGGUGACGGUGGAGUGUGGCAGACCGAUGAUCCAGGAGCCAAUCAUGCCAGGAGGCCAACAAUCGUUAGACCAAUCUGAACAGCCAGGCCCCCCUAAUAAAGACUCCAGAGAGAGCUUGACUUACGACGGCGAGGAGAAAGAGGCGCGGAGCAGUAGAGACACGGGGAAAUCGCCCUCGAGCCUGGGCCUGGCGGAUUUCGAUCUGCUGAGGGUGAUCGGCCGAGGCAGCUACGCCAAGGUGCUGCUUGUGCAGCUGAAGAAAACCGAGCGCAUCUACGCCAUGAAGGUGGUCAAGAAGGAGCUGGUCAACGACGACGAGGACAUCGACUGGGUCCAAACGGAAAAGCACGUCUUUGAGCAGGCCUCUAAUCAUCCCUUCCUGGUUGGCCUCCACUCCUGCUUCCAGACAGAAAGCAGACUCUUCUUUGUUAUUGAAUAUGUGAAUGGUGGAGAUCUCAUGUUCCACAUGCAGAGACAAAGGAAACUACCAGAGGAACACGCCAGAUUCUACUCAGCAGAGAUUAGUCUUGCUCUCAACUACCUCCACGAGCGGGGAAUCAUCUACAGAGAUCUGAAACUGGACAAUGUGCUGCUUGACUCAGAGGGACACAUCAAACUUACAGACUAUGGCAUGUGCAAGGAGGGCUUGAGACCAGGCGAUACAACGAGCACUUUCUGCGGUACCCCUAAUUACAUCGCCCCCGAAAUACUCCGAGGAGAGGAUUACGGGUUCAGCGUGGACUGGUGGGCGUUGGGCGUGCUAAUGUUUGAGAUGAUGGCGGGCCGAUCGCCCUUCGACAUCGUUGGGAGCUCCGACAACCCGGACCAGAACACAGAAGACUACCUCUUUCAAGUAAUAUUGGAAAAACAGAUCAGAAUCCCCCGCUCGUUGUCAGUCAAAGCCGCCAGCGUCCUCAAGGGAUUCCUCAACAAGGAUCCCAAGGAGCGUCUAGGCUGUCACCCUCAGACAGGCUUUGCCGACAUCAUGGGCCAUCCAUUCUUCAGAAACGUCGAUUGGGACCUUCUGGAGCAGAAGCAGGUUGUUCCUCCGUUCAAGCCCAACAUCUCAGGGGAAUUCGGACUGGACAACUUCGACGCCCAGUUCACCAACGAACCCAUCCAGCUCACGCCCGACGACGACGACGUGGUCCGGAAGAUCGACCAGUCUGAAUUUGAAGGCUUCGAGUACAUCAACCCGCUCCUGAUGUCGGCGGAGGAAUGUGUGUGAGGGGGACGUGUGACGCCUGUGCUCGUACCCACCCACCCACACACCCACUCACACACACACACACCCACACAUGCACACGUUACGUGGUGUCUCGGUGUCUUUAAAGCUGCAUGGUUACAAGACAAAUGGACGACAUCAACCUUCUGUUCGAGGGCCGCACAUGCACAGUUAGAACGCUUAUUUGCCAAAACCAGUCUCACACUCUGCCAUUCGUAACCACUUGCCCUUAAGUCUACCCUCUUAUCUUUAUUAUUUUUUAUAUCAUAUAAAUCUGCACUGAUAUCCAUUUUCUCAUCGGGGGCCUCUUUAAUCGGGAGCCGACGAGGCUCAAAGAUCUUCCGAGGUUGCUGUACACACUGGGGCGGGAGGGAGGAGGCCCGGCCCCAGAUGGAUGAACUGAGCAUCCUCUCCUUCCAGCUGGUGGGGUGUUGUCAAUGCACAUUUUAUUUGUGUACAUAUAUAAAUAUAUAUAAAACUACUAUUGAGGAAAAAUGUUAGACAAGGCCUUUUUUUUCUUCUUUUUUUUAGCUUCAAGCCACAGUUGGACAAAACUGACAACAAAAUUGUCAUUUUGGAUUCAGCUUUGUCCCAACAUCUCUUCUGCAGAGGAAACAGAAUCAUAACACUAGCAUUUAAAAACAAAAAAAGGAAGAAAAAGACAAAAAUCUAUAUAUUUUUUUCAUGUUUUAUUCAACAACAUAGCAGCCAUUGUAUGUGUUGUUCUGAGUGUUAGGAGAACCAAAAUGAAAGGGUUCAGGCUUUGCUGUAUAGAUGAAUGUUCGACAUCUGGAAAAAUGGAGGGAGUCUGCUUCUAAGUCCCCUUCUCCCGGAAUGAAGGAACUUAAACGGCAGUAUCCAACUAACACUAACAAAUGAGUUUUAACUCUCAAAACUGUGAAUGACGGAGCUCACGAUACCAGGAGAUGGGCUGGAAGAGAAGCACACGAUACCUGAACGCUGGAGAACAGGUUUAAUUUUUCCUGCGCAAGACCAUACGUUAAAUAUACAUUCACACAGGACCAAAAGAAAAGCAAUUUUUUUUGAAAAAUGUCUUGCUGGUACAUAUUAGAAGGUACAGUAUAUAUAUGAAAGAUGUGCUGUCCUAAAGUCAUAGAAUUUAUAUAUUCUUUUUUUUGCUCAUUUUUAAUACUAUGCCUUUCUGAAAAGUUAUGGUCUGUUAUCUUUUUUUGUACUCCAUUCCAUGUAUGUCUUUUUAUUGUAAAUCAAAAACACUAAGUGAUAGUUGAAAGGAGCUCAGUUAGAAAAGCCAUGACACGGUGCGGUUGUGGUCAUCUGUGUCUGCUGUUCUCCAAUUUUUUACCAUAUCUAACCCAUGGUUCAUUAGAUUGCGUAAAACCUUAAAUCAUAUAAAAGCUUUGAGGGCCGAACUCUGCCCCCCGACACUAAGCGAUGGGGCGUGAACCCUCAGACUCUCCUCCAGUCGAAGCGUCUCUCUACUUGGAAAAUAUUUUUGGGCUCAUGUGUUGACCGGAGGAACUCAUUCAUCUGUUACACAUGUUACUUCUGCAUUUUUUGUUUUGGUUUUUUUGUGAAUCAGAUUUUCAUUUUGAUUAUUAUUUUCAUUUUGUAUCACUACAUUGAUUCCAAUAUGUUACUGGGUGAACCCAAUGGAAACACAAUUUGUUGUAUUUGUUGUUUUUUGGAGGUGUUUACUACCCACAGGACUCAACUGAACUUUAUUAUUAGUGUGCAAAGAUAAGAAGAAAAAAAAACAGACAGUAAAAUAAACAUUUUAUUUCUCUC